CUGCAGUAAAUACACGUGUUUAUUUGGGAGGUAAUCUGUGUACGAAGUUCAAGUCACACAUUAACAAACACGAAGUUCAUCGCUUGCUUGCUGAAAGCUUCGCUAGUAACGGGUAUGUUGGCUUCUGUAAAAGCUAGCUCUACCUAACCAACAUGACACGUUGCUUUGGUUACCUGCUUGCUACAACAAUUGUACUUCCGUAUUGCCAUAGCCGCCAAUCAUGUUAAAAUAACUGAGUGUGGAUGAGGGGCAAAUAGCGACUUCUGAAACGAUGGACAUUCUCCCCGUACUUGAACACGAAGACAGACCACAAGAAGGACUGUGGUAUUCUCUAAUCCCAAGGGGCGGUGGUCCUGGUGUCUCUGUGGGGCACACCUGCAUGUUCAUCCCGUCUGAAGGUCAAGGGAAAGGGUCUGUACUUAUCGUGGGAGGAGCCAAUCCAAAUGGCAGUUUUUCUGAAUCUUACGUCCUAAAUCUAGACAGUUAUGAGUGGCGUCUCCCAGACUGGAAAGGGUUGUCAGCGCGGUACGAACAUUGCAGCUUCGUAACUGAUAGCUGUCCACAAAGCCUGUGGGUGUUUGCCGGGGCAGAGCAGAACGGCAACCGCAACUGCAUCCAGAACCUCCAACUCCGCGACGGAGCGGCGGCGUGGAAGUGCGUGGAGGCAGAAGGUUUAUCUCCUUCUCCCAGGACGUACCACACUACCACAGCCUGCAUAGGGGACAAAUUGUAUGUUUUCUCCGGCGGGGAGACGGGAGCUACACCGGUAUCAGAUGCCAAGCUUCACGUUUUCGACACCAUGUCCUCAACCUGGUCUCAGCCCGACACGCAAGGCAGCUGUCCCUCUCCUAGACAUGGGCACGUGGUGGUAGCUGUGGGUUCCAAACUGUACGUCCACGGAGGUAUGGCAGGAGAGAAGUUAUACAGUGAUAUGUAUUCACUGGACACCGUUAGCAUGACGUGGGAAAAGAUCCCGGCAAAGGGAGACCCGCCUCCAGGUCUCGCUGCCCACUCCGCUAUAACCCUGCAGGGAAGCAUCUAUAUUUUCGGAGGAAUGACCUCAGAGGGGGCAAGUAAUGACAUGCACCGGUUCGACUGCGAGCAGGGCCAGUGGAUCCUCAUGAGAUUCGAGAGCGACCUUCCCCCCAGCAGGCUGGAUCACUGUAUGUGUGUGGUACCCUGGAGGGUGAAGGCUGAAGGAAACGGAGAUGCUGGCCUGGCUCAGGGUGAAGCGGACACCGUCCAGCUGGCCUUGGUGUUCGCUGGGAUGGACACCCAGGGGGUCAUACACAGUGACUGUGUUGGAACACUGCUCAGCUGAACAAGACAGCAUUACAAAUUGUAUGAUUUGCCUAAAUAUUGAAAAGUUCUACCCCCCCAAAAUAAUAAACCUUUUUACAGAAAAGAGGCAUGUUUUUAGCAAUCUAUUUUAGUUGGUUAAACACAAUCCGCUACUAGUAAUAAUUUAUAUACUUUAUUCAAAUGAUUAGUCGAGCAAUGGAGAAAAAACAUGUUUUUCUAGUUACUUAAAUAACUUCAUAAACUUUAAAACAUUCAAAAUUAAAAUGUACAACAACUUGAAUGAUGAAUAACUAUAACAGAACCAGUGUAUUUCCUUUGUUGUGGGUUAGUUUCCAUCUUCAUAUUUAAAAUAAGACAAACAAACAUUUUCUCCUUCUGAUUCCGUCACCAGUCUAUCAGACCGUUGGUUCCGAGGUCCGCUGUGGAAUUCUAACGACAGAGUUCUGUGAGGUGAGCAA